GAAGAAGCAGACGCAGAAGUAGUAUGAAGAAAAAGAAGCAUCAUGAAGACCCUCUGAUGUAUUUACUCCCAUGAAUUGAAAUGUUUGAUGAUGUCGUCAGCCCUGUGAUGACGUCGGCAGGCAGCUUCAGCUUCAGCCAGCCUUGAUUCAGUUUGGGUGAAAAAUGGCAGAGGUUCAAGAUCACAAUGAGAGUGGCGUGGGCUUCAAGCCACCAAACCAUUCCACCAAGAAACGCAAGCGUUUGUCCCAGAAGGUAAAAUGCAGUCCAAGAGAUUGUCGAGUGGCGAUUGGAGAAGCAUUUGAAGAGUGGCGUGCACUGAAAGCAGCGAAAGGAUUAAGAUCCGAUGCAGCUCUGGCCCGGUAUCUUCUGGACGAAAAGAAGAGGACGCCGUCCUUGACGCCUUCCCAAGGACCCAGUGAUGAAAAGAUAAAACUGUCCCAGUCUGAAGUGCAGCUACUGAUAGAGCAGGAGGUUUGCAAUGCAGUGAAAAGGAAUGAAGCCAAGCUGCUGGGUUUAAUAGAAAAGAUUCAAAAUGUAGAUCGUGCGGUUGAAGAUGAACGCUCCAUCCAAAAGCUGGAGGUGCGAAUCAACAUGAUGUCGAGAAGAGCAGAAUUGGCUCUUGCCCACAUGAUGCAGAAAAAGCGUUCAAGCCCAUCUCUCAGUGACACGGACAUCUUCAGGAUAAAUCCUGAGAAUGGAAAUGUGGACACUGCAUUGCAGAAUAAGAAGUGCCUGGACAAGAGUCGGAAGCUGUUUCAAACUAUGGAAGCGACAAAAGAAGCCUUACAGAAGCUGCAUGACGAUAAUCAGGAUUUGAAGGCUGCGGAUUUAAGAGAGGAUUUACCUUCGGUCCUCACUCCUUAUAACUCUCCUCCAGAGUUUAUGCCAAAUGGAAAUGUGUCAAAGAGAGAGCGGAACAAUCGGCAGCAUCAAGAAAGUGAUGGCGACCAGUUCAACGAUCGCGUGAAGCCAAAGGCUGAGACGAAAGUGCAGUGUCUCUCUUCCACUGUUAAUAACAGCCCCAAGCGCACGGUCUCAGAGGAGCUCCCGUACCCUCCGCUCCCUCCCGUCUCUUUUCCCUCCGCGCUGAAGAUGGAAGCCAUGUCUUACAACAUUCCCCAGAGACCAGUGGUACAUCUGGCUCUCAUCAGGGAACCUGCUGGCCUUUCUGUGCUGUGGAAGGUGGAGAAGGAAGAUCCUUCUGCAGCACCCAUGGAAAGCUACAGCAUCUACAUGACCACUGAAAAGGUGAAGGGUAGCGGCAUCUUCCCAGACUGGUCUCUGCUGGGUGAAGUGAAGGCCUUUGCAUUGCCCAUGUGUGUGAUGAUGACAAAGUACAAGUGUGGGCACAAGAUAUGCGUCACUGUGGUGGGCAAAGACAUCUUUGACCGGUACGGACCCUACAGUCAAGUAGUAACUACAGUCAUUCCUGGCUAAUUUCAAAAAGAAGAUAUGUUUUCAAUGAAGAGACAAUACAAGCACCAACUUGAAGUGGGAUUUUCUCAGGUUUACUCAUUCAUGGUUGUUACUUUGUCCCACAGUUAGUAACAUGGAGACAUGACAUUUUAUUUUUCUCUUGUGCCCUCCAGCGGUGAUCAUAUUUUAUUGCAUUCAUUUUAUUAUUUGCCUGCUGUUACUCACCAAUUUGAAGAAAUGUUAUUUACGCCAAUAAAAUGAUCUAUUUUAA